UGGUACAUUUUGCCGUAGAAAAGUGACAUAUCGAGGUGCCAAGCGAGCGAUCAAGCAAUAACGUUACGACGAUGCACGUGUCGGUGAUCCUCGGCGUAGUGUUGCUACAGGCGAUUUACGUGUCCGCCGGGCCACCUGACUGGAUACCCCCGGAAAUGUUGGAGAUGGUUCAAGCUGACAAGAAACGGUGCAUGGCCGAACACGGAACGUCUCAAGCACUGAUCGACGAAGUUAACGAUGGAAAGCUCAUGAAUGACCGGAGUAUAACGUGCUACAUGAACUGCCUCCUCGACGCCUUCAGUUUGGUUGACGAAGAAGGUAAUUUGGAAGCUGAGAUGCUGCUCACCGUUAUCCCGGAGCAAUUUCAAGAGAUAGGUACCAAGAUUUUGAACAAAUGCGCUAAGCAAGACGGCGCGGAUGCGUGCGAAAAGAUCUUCGAAGUGGCGAAAUGCGUCCAAGGAACAGUACCAGAGCUGUGGUUUAUGGUUUAAUUCGACGCAUGGGAGAAGAAUUUGCUCCGUAACGAAGUAAAACAACUUGCUACGUCAAGAAAAAUAAAGAACAAAAAAGUAGCCUAGGGAUACGAAUUACGUAAAUUAAAAAAAUGUGAUUUGUGUAAUAACAAUAAUAGUAAGUAAUGAUUAUGAACACGCCAUGUGGCACCUAACAUGAAUAAAAUUUGUAGAAAAUGUUGAUGUUUGACAUUAAAAUAUUGGCUAAGCUAUAUAAA